AUGAAAUUAAUCGAUUUUAUCGUUCCUUCAUUUUAUUACAGAAUUUCUCAAGAUAUAAGGCUCAGAGACAAAAUUCCAAAUCCGUUGCCAUCUGAAAAAAAGCCAAAAAAGUCUACAAUCAGACUGGAUACAGAAAAAUGUAUAAUGCUCACUGAUAAAAUUAAAUCGUUAAUAGUUAACUCAUCAGCAAACUUAAAUACGCUUCAAUUGGGUUUAGAUGACCUACUUGAUAAAGUUGUCAAGGCAGCAAAGGUUCAAAAACGAAUGACCCAGUAUUUUUCGAAAUUAAGUAUCCCAAUGGAAAUCAAGCUUAGUAUUCUCACGCAAAUUACAGAAUUUGGAUGCAAUACCCCUCAAUUCAUUGUUGAGAAUGCCAAGUCUUUUCAAGAUAAAAUUAUUACAGAUUUCCACCUUCAAAUUUAUACAACAUUAUAA